AACUCAGAACUGUGAGGGUGCAGCCCACCAUCGCGAAUAAACCGUGUGUGGCGUCCUGAGCGCAAGGCACUUUGGGACUUGUAGUUUCAAGGGUCACGGAUGUGUGUGAGUAGUGGCGAGGCAAGAGGAAGCUCUGCGCAUGUGUAUGCGGCUUGCUGCACGUGUCUUUUAAGGAGGGUUUCUGUUUAUAGUGAGAGUUUUCAGCUAAUCUAUUUGGGAGCUUUCCAUUGAUUCUCUCACCCGAGCCUAGUAAAAGAGGCUCCAGUUCUUGCUUUUCAUUAGUGAACGCUGUCGGGACUGAUUGUGUUAAAGAAGUGUUCUAAGUUGUUUCUCUUUUCCAGUUGAGGCUUACCUCCCUGUCCCUCAUCUGAAGGUCAAUGAAAUAGGACAGAACUCGGUUGUCUUUUGGGAUUAGAGUUCUGGUUGGUUUAGUAAAUAUUGGUUUAGGCAUUGUGCGAAGACAACGAAGCUGUGCUAAAAGCCAAAAUUUCAAAGACUAAUUUACGACCGGUCAGCUAAAUUUAUCGUGGAUUAUCUCUAAUGUAACAAAGUAUACACUAUUCCCUGAAAUGGAGGAGGCUAGUCGCAGGAGAGCGAGCGCUUUAAUCGGCGACAGGGCUAGGAGGGGAAGUAGAGGAACCACCAGGGUCUCCAAUUCUAGAGUACUAUGUUCUGCUGUUGAAAAGGAAAAACUAUUGGAUUCUGUUGGCAGAAGGACUCAGGAUCCUGCCCUUGCCUAAAUUCUCUGGGCAAGGGCUCUCAUCUCAUUUUUAUCUUCAGGUAGGGAAGGGAUUAGGUCUUCUGUUCGAAUUUACUAGAUCAUUUUAUUUAAAAAGUUAUAGCCAGGGGCUGGAGAGUUGACCCAGCGGUUAAGAGAAUUUGUUUACUCUUCCAUAGGACCAUGGUUCAAGUGCUAUCGUUGCUUACAACUAAGUAUCUGGUAGCUCUAGUUCCAGGAGAUUCAACUCUUUUGACUUUUACUGCCACCAGACACACAUGCAGGCAAAACCUCCACAUACAUUAAAUUAAAAAAGUUAAAAAUAGCCUGUAGUAUUUUCAGUUCCAUGUAAAAGUGUUACAGUAUUGAACAAUAACAAAGAUCAGAGAGUUGCUUGUGUCUCAGGCAUAAAAUCCACUCCAAACUGCGUGUCCUCUUUAUUCACAUGUGGGUCAGAUGUUGUUUAAGGGAGAAAGAGAAACAGCCAUUUCAGUUUUUAUUUAUUUUUUUCAAGAUCGUUUGUUUUUUGAUGAAAGGGUUUCAUGAUGUAGCCCAGACUUUCCUGGUACCAGUGGGUAUACUGUUGCCUUACUUCCUAUUUCCGCCCUCCUCCCCCAAAUCCUGAGAUUAGAGUUUUAUGGGUCACCACACCGGGCUGAGAACAGUUUAAUUCUUAAGGAGUGUAGUAAGAGUGAAAUUAGUUGUGGCUGAGGGAUUCCUAGACCCAUUACAUACCCGGAGCUCCCAUGCACUUGGAAAUUUCUAGCUGCAGCAACAAGAUGCAGUCAGGAGGGCUGGAGGGAAAAUCCAGUGGGUACGAGUACUGGCUACUCUUGCAGAGGACCUAGGUUUGAUUUCUACAUCCAUAUAGCGGCUCACAAACAUCUGUAACUCCCUUUCCAGGGAGGAGCCCAAUGCCUUUUUCUGGUCCCCACGCUCCUGAACGCUCAUGGUUCAGGUAAAACAUCAAUACACAUUUAAAAAGAAAGGAAGAAGAAAGGUGCAGUGAGAAAAAGGAGACGAGAUGCUGGGAGGACCUAACAGCUAGAGGGGGGCGGUACUUAUUCAGUCACGUGACCGCACGGCUGUGAUCGCUCUUCGAGAUCACGUGUGAGUGCUGCACCUUCCGAUUGGCUUGGCCAGGCCAGUUUGAACGGCCUACGGAAGCCGAAGCUAUUCAUUUCGGCCGCGUUUAUUUUAUUUUUUUAUUCCCAGCCUUUGGCUCCCUCCUUCCGCGCGAGCCUCUGGAGAAGCUGCAGCACUUAGGCGCCGCCGCUGCCUCCCAGGGCCUGAACCCCAGCGACCCAGCGCUGACCCAGGCCCCUACCCCUGCAGUUCGCCUUGCGCCAUGGACUGGCAGCCAGACGAGCAGGGCCUGCAGCAGGUCUUGCAGCUUCUCAAAGACUCGCAGUCGCCCAACACAGCUACUCAGCGCAUUGUGCAGGAUAAACUUAAACAACUCAACCAGUUUCCCGACUUCAACAACUAUCUGAUCUUCGUUCUGACCAGACUCAAAUCAGAAGACGAGCCAACCCGCUCUCUCAGUGGCCUCAUCCUCAAGAAUAAUGUGAAGGCUCAUUACCAGAGCUUCCCGCCUCCUGUGGCUGACUUCAUCAAACAAGAGUGUCUCAACAACAUUGGCGAUGCCUCGUCUCUCAUCCGAGCCACCAUUGGCAUUCUCAUCACCACCAUCGCUUCCAAGGGUGAGCUGCAGAUGUGGCCCGAGCUGCUGCCCCAGCUGUGUAACCUGCUCAACUCAGAGGAUUAUAAUACCUGUGAGGGGGCCUUUGGAGCCUUGCAGAAGAUCUGUGAAGACUCCUCUGAGCUUCUGGAUAGUGAUGCUCUCAACAGGCCCCUGAACAUCAUGAUCCCUAAGUUCCUGCAGUUUUUCAAGCACUGCAGCCCCAAAAUCCGGUCCCAUGCCAUCGCCUGUGUGAACCAGUUCAUCAUGGAUCGGGCCCAGGCAUUAAUGGACAACAUCGACACCUUCAUCGAGCACCUGUUUGCCUUGGCUGUGGAUGACGACCCUGAGGUGAGGAAGAACGUGUGCCGCGCCCUAGUGAUGCUUCUGGAAGUGCGGAUCGACAGGCUCAUCCCUCACAUGCACAGCAUCAUUCAGUACAUGCUGCAGAGGACCCAAGACCAUGAUGAGAACGUGGCCCUGGAGGCCUGUGAGUUCUGGCUGACGCUGGCCGAGCAGCCCAUCUGCAAGGAAGUCCUGGCCUCCCAUCUGGUCCAGUUGAUUCCUAUCCUCGUGAAUGGGAUGAAGUACUCUGAAAUUGACAUCAUCUUACUUAAGGGGGACGUGGAGGAGGACGAGGCAGUACCUGACAGCGAGCAGGAUAUCAAGCCCCGUUUCCACAAGUCACGCACAGUGACACUGCCCCACGAGGCUGAGCGGCCUGAUGGCUCUGAGGAUGCGGAGGAUGAUGAUGAUGACGAUGCUUUGUCGGACUGGAAUCUGAGGAAAUGCUCCGCAGCUGCUCUGGACGUCCUUGCUAAUGUCUUCCGGGAGGAACUGCUGCCCCACCUACUUCCCCUGCUCAAGGGCCUCCUGUUCCACCCUGAGUGGGUAGUCAAGGAGUCAGGGAUCCUGGUGCUGGGUGCCAUUGCUGAGGGCUGUAUGCAGGGAAUGGUGCCCUAUCUACCUGAGCUGAUCCCACACCUCAUCCAGUGCCUGUCAGACAAGAAGGCCCUGGUACGCUCCAUUGCCUGCUGGACACUGAGCCGCUAUGCCCACUGGGUAGUCAGCCAGCCACCGGACAUGCACCUCAAGCCUCUGAUGACAGAGCUGCUCAAGCGUAUCCUGGAUGGCAACAAGAGGGUGCAGGAGGCAGCCUGCAGUGCCUUUGCUACCUUGGAGGAGGAGGCAUGCACGGAGCUGGUCCCCUACCUCAGCUAUAUCCUUGACACUCUUGUUUUUGCCUUUGGCAAAUACCAGCAUAAGAAUCUGCUCAUCCUCUAUGAUGCCAUUGGCACCCUGGCCGACUCUGUGGGCCACCACCUUAAUCAGCCGGAGUAUAUUCAGAAGCUGAUGCCUCCACUGAUCCAGAAGUGGAAUGAGCUCAAGGAUGAAGACAAGGACCUUUUCCCCCUGCUGGAGUGUCUGUCGUCUGUGGCUACUGCCCUGCAGAGUGGCUUCCUGCCCUACUGUGAGCCUGUCUACCAGCGCUGUGUUACUCUGGUGCAGAAGACACUGGCCCAGGCCAUGAUGUACACACAACACCCUGAACAGUACGAGGCCCCUGACAAGGACUUCAUGAUCGUUGCAUUGGACCUGCUUAGUGGUUUGGCUGAGGGCCUGGGUGGCCAUGUGGAACAGCUGGUAGCCCGAAGUAACAUCAUGACAUUGCUCUUCCAAUGCAUGCAGGAUUCCAUGCCUGAGGUCCGGCAGAGCUCCUUCGCCCUUCUGGGAGACCUUACCAAAGCCUGCUUUAUCCACGUCAAGCCCUGUAUCGCUGAAUUCAUGCCUAUCCUGGGCACCAACCUGAACCCUGAGUUCAUCUCUGUCUGCAACAAUGCCACCUGGGCCAUUGGGGAGAUCUGCAUGCAGAUGGGGGCAGAGAUGCAGCCCUAUGUGCAGAUGGUCCUCAACAAUCUGGUGGAGAUCAUUAACAGGCCCAACACACCCAAGACACUACUGGAAAACACAGGUCGCCUGACGAGUCCCUCUGCCAUUCCAGCCAUCACCAUCGGCCGCCUGGGCUACGUGUGCCCACAGGAGGUGGCACCCAUGCUGCAGCAGUUCAUCCGGCCUUGGUGCACGUCCCUUAGGAACAUCCGGGACAACGAGGAGAAGGAUUCUGCCUUCCGAGGCAUCUGCAUGAUGAUUGGUGUCAAUCCUGGGGGUGUUGUGCAGGACUUUAUUUUCUUCUGCGAUGCUGUAGCCUCCUGGGUGAGCCCGAAGGAUGACCUUCGGGACAUGUUUUAUAAGAUCCUCCAUGGCUUCAAAGACCAAGUCGGGGAGGAAAACUGGCAACAGUUCUCAGAGCAGUUUCCACCACUGCUCAAGGAGAGGCUAGCAGCCUUCUAUGGGGUCUAGGUGAACGUGGAGACCACCAGGGUUCUGUCUGCGUCAUCGUCGGAGGGUGUGCUGGGGAAUGUGCUGCUUCCAGAAGUCACUGUGCCCUGGUCCAGGGGGGUUAGGGAGGAGUGAGUGGGACCUAAAUCCAGAUGCUGCCUAGCUGUGCAUCUGUCCAUCUGUCGGUCCACUUGCCCCACCAGGCCUGACGAGUGGGCAGGUGGGUGGGGACUCCAUGCUCAUCCUACAGAUAGGGAGGGGGGUGGGACUUCUUGGUGGGCAAGAGUUCUCUGGGCUCUAAUCUGGGUCAUCUCAGGCAGCCCAUUUGGGUCAGCCAUGUGGGAGGGAGGAAUCCUAAGGCCUACCGAAUCCGGUGUCAGAUAAGGCAAGGGAAUUACAGGUGGGGAGGGGGGUUCCUUGUAGAGAAGCAUACACUCACAUGUACACAUGUGGACACACGCAUGUGCGGGCACCACAGCCAGCUAGGCUGGGCCAGCCGCCCCACCAUUUCCUCGACUGCAUGGAGACAGUAGAAUUAGUGAACCCCCAAAUUAUGCCUAUGGCCUUCUGUGUACCUUGCAUCUAGAGUAUAAGAAGCUUCUGCUGUUUUGCCGGAAUUGGCAGUGAUUGGGAGGGCUGGGAGGUUUGGGGGGACCUCAGCUGGGCCCCCAGGGCCAAGGGAGGAGGGCGGUCACUUUGGGACUGACCUCUCAGCACUUGCACACUUUGAACCUGCUCCACACACUUCCUGCCAGCUUCACGGCAGCCCCUGUUAAGCGUGUCCCCAUCUUUGUGACAUCCCAGCCAGCGGCAGAGUGGGGACCAUUGGAGCAGCUGGGACUGGCUUGAGGCUACCCUCUACACUUUUCCUGUGCUCCAAAGGCAUUGAAAGCACGGGCCUGGACUAGUUUUCCUUAAGAGAGCUUAAGGGCAGCCAGAGCUGCCAGCAUGAUUAUCUGGGCCUCUCUUGAAACAGCUUCAAGGAUAGUCCAGUUCUCCGCUCCUGAGAACUCCCUUCUCAAGAGCUGGGGCAACAGCGUGUGAUUGGUGAGGACAAAGGACAAAGGUUUCUGGGUCCAGCAAGAUCUGAAGGCUUGGGGGAGCAGGGUAUACCCAGGGCCUCCAACUUUGUCCCUUUUGGGACUUAAUGCUCAUCACAGUGUCCACUGGACUCAGAAUCCCCCCCACCAGAUUGGUAUACUGACUCCAAAAAUCCUUGAAGAAAUUGGUGGGGGAAUGCCAUCAAGGUGGGAGGGGGGCUUCCUGAGAGGAGGGGGGCAUGAAUAUUUCCAAAUUGGCUGUGGAAAUCAGCCUUGCAGAUCCCUGAAUGUUUUUCCUCCAUUCCCUUCCUUGCUUCCUACUACUUUGGGAGCCUAUUAUAUUUUGGGCUUUGACCAGAGUUCUGCAUCUUAGGGCCUGCUCCAUCAUCCCUCAAAGGACCUGUUAUCCCAUCCAGGCCAUGUGUCUUCUCUUAAGCAGGGUCAGGCCCUGCCUCUAUUCCCAGGGACACUUAGUGCACAUUCCAUAACUCAGCUAGUGGUCCCCAUCCCCUCCAGCCUCAAACUUGAGCAGGUCUCUGGAAGCCAUUUGUAGGGAAAAAAAUUUUUUUUAAAGAAAAAUACCAUUAGCUUUCUGGUAAUUCCACUUCUUUGGAGCAUCCUCUGCUGGGUCUUGGGGUGUAUUGAUGGAUUGACUAUCUGAUGGAGUUGUGACCUCCUCUGCCCAAGGUGGGAGUUCCAACUGUCUUCAGGAGAGGGGAGCCCAAUUCUUGUGUUUUCCUUUUUUUUUUAAAUUUUAUUAUUUUUUUUUAAAAAUUAUUUAAUUUUUUAAUUUAUUUUUUAGUUGGUUUUUACACAAUGAAGUUUCAGUUUCUUAACCUUCCUUGCCCAGGGCUGUGGACACAGACUGAUCUUGAUCUGCAGCUCCUUCCCCCGCCCCCCAUUUUCCUGAGUCUGAUUACCAUUCCCCUGUGGGCUCCCAGGUCUAUCCAUCUGUAACUGCUGUGCUGGGGACUGGCGCCUAGGUGGCGUGAGCUUCCACUUGUGUAGAACUUUGUUGAGUAAAGGUCAGUUUCUUGUGAAA